UUUUAAAGUGCUGGGCUGGGGAUGGUGUAGUGCGACGUGGAGGGCUGUUCAGCCAGUUGCUCUUCGGCAUAUAAGAAGAAGGCGUUUGUUUUAGUAGAUGCGCACUUACAGGCACUGACAUUUUAGUGUAAGUCUCACGAGUGGAUUUAUGGAUGUGUCUGCACGUUUCCUCCGCUAACAUUUUCUAAUUGUGCAAUUUGAAUGCCUUGAGAGGAUACCUUCAUAACCUUAAUUUAAAGACAAUUAGAAGAUGGCUAACAAGGCAGAGUCCACAAUGAGCACUACCACUAGUGAGAGUGUGUCCCACAGUGUGCUGAGCUGGGACCAGGUGAGCCGUCUCAAUGAGGUCCUGACAGCAGUGGUGCCGGUCCACGGCCGAGGGAACUUCCCAACCCUGGAGGUGCGGCUGAAAGACAUUGUUCAGAUGGUGCGCACCCGUCUGGAGCUAAGGGGAAUUAAAGUGAAAGAUGUUCGUCUGAACGGCUCUACAGCCAGCCAUGUGCUGGUGCAGGACAUUGGCUGGAGCUACAAGGACCUGGACAUCAUCUUCAGGGUGGACCUGCCCCUGGAGUCAGGGUUCCAGUUGGUCAAAGAUGUGGUGCUGGGCACUCUGCUAGACUUCCUCCCUGAGGGGGUGAACAAGGAGAAGAUCACCCCCAUGACCCUAAAGGAGGUUUAUGUUCAGAAGCUGGUCAAGGUGUAUACAGAGCAGGACCGCUGGAGCCUCAUCUCCCUCUCCAACAACAACGGGCGCAACGUGGAGCUGAAGUUUGUGGACUCUAUCCGCCGGCAGUUUGAGUUCAGCGUGGAUUCGUUCCAGAUCGUGUUGGACUCGCUGCUCUCCUUUUACGACUUCUCGCCGGAGAACCCUAUGUCUAGCCACUUCCACCCCACUGUGGUGGGUGAGAGCGUGUACGGGGACUUUGGCGCGUCUCUGGACCACCUCAUGAACAAACUGAUCGCCACCAAGCGGCCGGAGGAGAUCCGUGGCGGUGGCCUUCUCAAGUACUGCAACCUACUGGUGAGAGCCUUCCGACCCACCUCGGAGGAGGAGUUCAAGGGCCUGGAGCGUUAUAUGUGCUCCCGCUUCUUCAUCGACUUCCCCGAUAUUGGUGAGCAGCAACGGAAGCUGGAGGCCUACCUGCAGAGCCACUUUGUGGGUGAGGAAAAGAGCAAGUAUGACUACCUCAUGAUCCUGCGGCGCGUGGUCAACGAGAGCACGGUGUGCCUCAUGGGCCACGAGAGGCGGCAGACCCUCAACCUCAUCUCGCUGACUGCCUUCAGGGUGCUGGCUGAGCAGAACGCCAUCCCAGACGCCUCCAGUGUCACCUGCUACUACCAGCCGGCGCCCUACGUCCGAGACCACAACUUCAGCAACUACUACGUUGCCUCGUGUAACCAGAAUAUUCCAACAUGGCUGCCAUGUAACUGAGAGACCCAUAUAACACGAAGACUGCUGCUUUGAGAAAAGGGGGGGGGAAAGUCAGAUGUGCCAAAAAAAUAGAAAUUAGGCCAUAACUGGCAUUUCGCUCUGUAGUCAUAAAGGAUAUAUUUAAAUGGCCAAGUGUUUUAGUUUUGAUUUUGGUCUCCCUACUCCUUUCUCAUUCCUUAUCUACAGAGGUGUCAAGAUCAUUGGAUCCAAAGUGAUAUUUUUUUAAGUGUUAUUUUGAUUAUAUUUUUUUGCCUUUUCUCAGAUUGUAAUGUUUUUGUUUGUUUCCCCUAAUGAGAAAAUUGGUUUCAAAUUAACGUCCUGAUUCAAGAAUGAGUGUUCUACUUGGUGCCCACAUGUUAAGUGUAUUUGGUCCAUCUUCAAAGAAAGGGAAACAAAUAUUUAGAAGUUUAUUUGGGUUUUGCUCCUGUGUGUAUUGAAGAAAAAAAAGAGAAAAAAAACGUAGACAAUUGUCGUUAAAAAAAAAGAUAUAAAAAGUGUGUAAAAAAAUUAAAAAAAAAUAUGGUUAACUAAAGAGAUGUGAAGCACAAGGUGUAAAAGGUAAUCCUGAGAUGACAUCAAUGUUUAGUUCACUGAUGAGCAGUAUGGGUUUGCUCAUCAGUGUUUUGAGGAAUUUUCUAUUAGUGAGAUGAGAUGACUGUCCCCAUCUUUAGAAGGCAUCCAAGUUAAAAGGGAGGCAGAGGAAUGGCUCAUUUUGUUUUUAAAUCAAAGGUGUAAAAAAGGAAAGGUAAUCUGACCGACUAUCACUAGCACAGUGCUGCCAGGUUGCCUGUGCUGUGUAGACUUUGUAGAGAAAAAUGUGUUUUAUUUUUUGCUGUGACUAGCCUCCUUCCUAAAUCUGUUCAGCCAAUACUAUGUAUAAACAAUUGUUCAUACUAUGUAGGGUGCAUCUCAAUAGUGUUAAGUGGCUUCCUCUCCUUAGUAUCCUCUCCUCCAUGCAACAGGUCAAAUAGAAAUGUAGACUGCCUAUCCAAACCUUUCACCUGUUUGUGGUAAUGCUUGAAAGGAGCCUAGCAAAGGAAGCCAUGACUGAGUAUUGAAACGCGCACCAUACAGUAACUCUUUGGGCCUUUUUGCUCACCGAUCGUGGCUAAUGUAUGUUGUGGGGAGUUGCUUUUCUUUUAAACCUCUUCCAAAACAUUGGUGCAGCAGUGACCACUCGGAUGUCAGAGUUUACGGUCCAUGUGGUGGGGUCUGUACUGUAAGCUCAUUCGGAGAACAGGACAGGGCCUUCACCUCCCUCUUUCUGGAGUCUAGUCUGAGAGUCAGGGAGAGACUGUCCUUUCCCUUAAAAGGAGCCCCACUUGGCGAGGCCCUGGAACCCCUUGCAGGCCUUCCUUUGCAGGCAGUGGCCUGAAAUGGGAUCCCAGUCUGGUGCAAGCCAGCCAAUAGCUGUAACGGCAGCCAAUAAUUAAAGUGGGGAGGGAGUGUAAGGUAGAGGGUGGCGGGGUUGUGCCAGUGUGUGACGGCAACCUUAUGCGUGGGGGCUGACUCACUUCCCUCCACCCCCUAAGGGUUUGCAGGGGGCAGAUGUGAACCCUUUUCUGGUCAUGGGAGGCUAGUGGAGCACUGCUGCCUGCCUGGCACAUUCAACGAAAUGUAAGUGUCUGGAAUUCCGUUCCCAUUUUGGACCUCACGUGUCUUGAUUUACGUGGCAGAAGUUGUACUCUGAUCUGACAGGCAUCCGAGUACCCCCUCCCACCCUAAUUAAACUUUUUAAAACCCAUUUAGAAAUUGCACCCCCCCCCAUCUCCCUUUCUACUGACCUGACAAUUUUAAUUUCCAGUCUAGUGAGCCAACUGUUCGCCUUAAGUAUUUCUGUCCAACCAAACCCAGGGACUUAUUUUUGGACCUAGAAGGCAACACGGCUUUCACUGAUGGAUGAGCAGCAGUGACUCAACCGUUUGCCCUCCUGCCCCCCCCCACCACCACCACCUGGGGUUGGCUCUCCAACACAGAAAUGCUAAAUUGCUCUUGAACUCCCUGUGUAAGUGCCAGCAGCCUGCUCCCUGUCCCUCUACUCUGCUUACACUCCCUAGGUGCCAGCUGCUGCUCGAUCAACUUGUGCAAACUAACAUGCACAUCCAGAUAAGAGCUAGGAUGUGGUUAUCUGCCCCGUUCACAGGCCUGGGGAAGGGGGGUCGGCAUGGUCUCUUGAGCGGGUCACACCCAUGGGUCGGGGCACGUUGAGCUGGCUCAGCAGCCCAAACUAAACGUGGACACUGCUUUUAGUCCAAGGGCCACCCACUAAUAAAGGCUUCAGAAAAGGCAUUACGUGACCCAGGAAACAAAACUGCAAAGUUUCAACAUCAUCAUGUAGACAAUUAUAUGAACACAUUCAUUAAAUAUUAUAAAUCAAUGGUACAAUUUCAAUCAGCUCAUUAUGAUUAAUUUCCCCCAGCAACAGAGGUUGCCAUGUUAGUAGUUACACACUUUCUGUUGUCCAUGCUUGCAGAAAGCAAUGUACGGACCUGAGGAAUCACGAAAUAAUACGAGAAACUCUUCUUUAUGUAGCUGUUGGGACCUUGAAUGUUUUGAGAGCUGUGUUGGCUUGCAAAUGUGCUGUCUUUAGUUUGGCUGGCAGGCAAAAGCAAUGAUGGCCCUUGUAAGCUGUAUAUCUUACAUUAACUGAGAACCACUGUACAUCUUACAUUAACUGAGAACCACUGUACAUGGUUAAAACACAUUUCCUAGUUUUGCGGUUCAUCUGGAUCAGUGAAGGACCGGUAACAUGCUGCUUGAGCCUAUGCAAGGACAAACACUGAACUCAUGAAUAGUUCUGUGUGCAACAAAAGUAACCAACAUGCUUUUUAUUAUUUUUAAUUUGUUUUUUUAUAAAUAACAAAUGAAUGCAAGUUUUGAACCGGUGUUCAUAUUCAUAACAUUAUCUACGUAAUGUUUUUUUUUUUAAUUUUGCCAUCUUGUGUGCUGGGUCACGGAACAGCAAUUUAUUUUGUGGGUGGCAAUGGGACAAUUUUAACCUGGGCUAGCUUCAGCUUAGCCACCAUGUGGGCACAUUCGGUGUGGACCAAAGUCUGAACCAGCAACUAAGCACUUAAGUGCCUUUACAUUUGGUGGGAUAUUUUUUUUUUGUGGGUGGGAGAAGAGAGAAUUAGUUAAGAGCUGAAUAGUUGCUACUAGUUACCCUCAAAUUGUUUGUCAUUUGCGUUUGGUUGAAUUCUAUUUUGCGUUUAUGGUUUGAGACACCGCCAUUGAAUUAUGUAUGUAGACUUUUUUUUUAUUUUUUUUUUUUUUGUGUUUUUCUUCCUAAGCCCAACCCCCAAACCAUACUUUGAAACUUUAGCUGUCUAGUCAUUCCAGUAAUUAUUUGUCAUGCUCUGUCUGCAUUUCUUUAUUUUUUUGCCCCCACCUCCCUCCCCUUCAAUUUAUCCAAACCAAAGCCACACCCGCAGCUAGUGCAAUGACAAGCCAUACCUAAUAACUGUCUGACGUCAAAUGACUUGUACACCCCACUCAAUGGAAGCACUUUAGAGGCCUUGUCUUACUCCAUACCCAGCUAGCGGAGAGUGUACAUAAGCUAUGGAGGAGACUGUAUGUUGGAGGUGAGCUGGUUCUCAGGGAGGUUAAAUGUGUUUGAAGGGCUGUUUCAGACUUUUGAAGGCUGGGGUGUAAAGUUUUUGAACCUUGGAACGUUUUUGUUUUUGAAUUGUGCUCCCAUCUUGGCCACCAGAUUCCUAUACUUGGUAUUUGUCUCCCUCUCUGGUGUAUGUUAGAGAAGACUUCUCAUCUGUCUCUGCGCUGAGACCAUUUUUAAUUUGUGAAAGCUUGUUGCGUUUGGAGCCCAUGGUCUUUAAUCUUGGUUCUGAUGAGUCACUGUUUUUCCCCACAACAUUACUUCAUAAUUCAGGUGAAUUAUUCAGGUGGAGAGGAGCUGUCAGUCAUUCCCACAAAUGUUUACCACCAUGCAAAGUGAUGACUCAAUUGAUCUUUGAGCCAGAACCAGUAGCUCUCCAGAACCAGGGUUGUAGACCCACUGAUAUUGAAUUUGUGUAAAUUCUGUGUCUGUGUCCCUUACCCUGCCUGAAUGUGUUAUGGUUAUUGUGGUCUCUGUCUCUAUCCUAACUGGGAAUGUGUGCCUAUUUAUCAAUUGUAAACCGAGAUGAGUGUUAUGUAUGAUCCCCUAGAUAAGAAUGGGUGUGACCAGGCUUGGCUAUAUAAUAUAUUGCUGCCCGUAUUUGGGGUCGUAUGUUUCAUGGAUAGUGCAAUGGAUGUUUCCCCCAUUUUUUAAAAUUUUAUUUUUAUUUUUAUUAUUUGUCCUAUUUUUGCCCCUCUUUUGUCUGCUGUAAUUCCAUGUGAUUUUUGUGUUAUGGUCCCCUCCAUUGUCAAUUGUCUGGAUUUUGGGGGGGUUUGGGUGUUUUUUGUUUUGUUUUGUUUUUUCCUAAAAGAGCAAGUCUUAUCUUUUUGGAAAGUGACGAUCCCUUUUUGAAGCUCUUUGCUAUUUUUGCAUUAAGAGUUGUGGAAUUUUACAGCAGAUAUGUUUUUUUGUGUGUACGAGGAUGCCUGUGUGGAUGUGAGUUAAGUUAAAAAAUAUGAAAUUCUUGCACAUUUUAUUUUUUGAAAUGGUUAAUGGCAAAGAGCUGUCAGCUUUCUGAUUAUGACAUUGAUGAUAUCAUUAUACUAUUUCAUUUCAGCACUUUUACCUUUUAGUUUUCCUUUUGGAUAGAAAUGUACAUCAGGAAAAUGUGUUUGAAGAGGGGAAAAACAACAUUUAAAUAAAGUAUUGAAUCCCAAAUGUUGUCAGAGUAAUGGUGUUGCUAUUCUGUUAAUUCUUACCAUUUUUAAAUGUGUUUAGGUUUUAAAACAUUUGGUUGCAGGUGUGUCAGUGGGUACAUUGUGUGCAUGGCUUUGCCUUAGUGAGCACUAGUACAAUAGUUAAGCUAAUUUGUUCCUCAACUUAAUGUGUAGUAAAUCUGUCUUAAACUUUUUUUUAUUAGACUAAAGCAACUUGGUCAAUAACCUCAA